AUGGAGGAGUUGAAACAGAUUGCUCUAACAUCACCCUUUCAAUAUGAAAAUGCUGUUCAACAUAUUAGUACUCUACGCACUUCUGCAAUAUAUGUUUCCAUUGCAUAUGUUAUUGCUAUCUUCUCCAUCAAAUUUAUCAUGACUCGAUUCAAGCCGUUUCAGCUUACAACUGCAUUGAAUUUAUGGAAUACUUGGUUAGCAGUGUUUAGCUUGUUGGGCUCAUUUUUUACAUCGAUUGCACUCUUCACAGAAAUUUUCAAUCACGGACUUACAGCAUCUUACACUAAAACUGGAGAUUUUUUCGAGGGAACUAGUGGUUAUUGGUCAUGGCUAUUCUGUUUAUCCAAGUUUGCAGAACUUGGUGAUACUUUAUUGAUUGUAUUACGCAAAAAGCCAUUAAUUUUUCUGCACUGGUAUCACCAUGUUUUAACGCUUAACUAUGGCGUUAUUUCCUAUAGUCAGCAUACACCGUACAACUCUUGGAUUAUAUGGCUCAAUUUUACAGUUCAUAGCUUUAUGUACAGUUAUUACUUCUUGCGAUCGAUUCACAUUCGCGUUCCGGCAGCUAUUGCACGCAACAUUACAUCGAUGCAAAUGUUGCAGUUCGUUAUAACGUUAUUUAUUCUUGUACACGUUGGUUAUUUGAUGUCUGUUGGCGAAGUUGUUGAUGGAACACUGAACACGUAUUUACUCUGUUUGGGAAUGGAAAUUUCUUAUGUUAUUCUUUUUGCUAAUUUUUAUUACCAGUCUUAUGUGAAAGGUGGUGGAAAGAAAUUUAAAGAAGAAAAAAUGAUGUCUAAAAAGGAAUGA